CGGGGCUCGGCGCGGCCGCCGCCAUCUUGAUGGGAGAGAAACAAUAGGACGGAAGCACCGCGGGACGGGCUGAGGCCGCAGAGCGCCCUGGCCCGCGCGACCGAGGACUUGAGGCCAGACAGACGGACGCACGGACAGACGACAGACGGAGGACGCGCUGGCCGCUGGACCCCGCUGCCUCCCCCUUCUCCCUGCCGCCUGCGCCUGGAGGAUGAGCCCAGCCUUCAGGGCCAUGGACGUAGAGCCCCGCACCAAGGGCGUCCUGCUGGAGCCCUUUGUCCACCAGGUCGGGGGGCACUCAUGCGUGCUCCGCUUCAACGAGACGACUUUAUGCAAGCCCCUGGUUCCGAGGGAGCACCAGUUCUACGAGACCCUCCCAGCCGAGAUGCGCAAAUUCACUCCCCAGUACAAAGGUUUGCAGAUGAGUUUGGGGCCUCUGGCAACAUAGAGACUAAGGAACAGGGUGUGGUGUCUGUACGCUUUGAAGAAGAUGAAGACAGGAACUUAUGUUUAAUAGCAUAUCCAUUAAAGGGGGACCACGGAACUGUGGACAGUGUAGACAAUUCAGACUGUGAACCAAAAAGUAAGCUCCUGAGGUGGACAAACAAAAAACAUCAUGUCCUAGAAACAGAAAAGAGCCCCAAGGACUGGGUGAGGCAGCACAGGAAAGAGGAGAAGAUGAAGAGCCAUAAAUUAGAAGAAGAAUUUGAGUGGUUAAAGAAAUCUGAAGUCCUGUACUACAGUGUAGAGAAAAAGGGGAAUGUCAGUUCCCAGCUUAAACACUAUAACCCUUGGAGCAUGAAGUGUCACCAGCAACAGUUACAGAGAAUGAAGGAGAAUGCAAAACAUCGGAACCAAUACAAAUUCAUCUUACUGGAAAACCUGACUUCCCGCUAUGAGGUGCCUUGUGUCCUGGACCUCAAGAUGGGUACCCGCCAGCACGGUGACGAUGCUUCAGAGGAGAAGGCAGCCAACCAGAUCCGCAAGUGCCAGCAGAGCACAUCUGCAGUCAUCGGUGUCCGUGUGUGUGGCAUGCAGGUGUACCAGGCAGGCAGUGGGCAGCUUAUGUUCAUGAACAAGUACCAUGGACGGAAGCUAUCGGUGCAGGGCUUCAAGGAGGCACUUUUCCAGUUUUUCCACAACGGUCGGUACCUGCGCCGUGAGCUCCUAGGCCCGGUGCUUAAGAAGCUGACUGAGCUCAAGGCCAUUUUGGAGCGACAGGAGUCCUACCGCUUCUACUCAAGCUCCCUACUGGUCAUCUAUGAUGGCAAGGAAUGGCCUGAGGUGGCCCUGGACUCAGAUGCUGAGGACUUGGAGGACCUGUCAGAGGAGUCAGCUGACGAGUCUGCUGGUGCCUAUGCCUACAAGCCCAUCGGCACCAGCUCAGUGGACGUGCGCAUGAUCGACUUUGCACACACCACCUGCAGGCUGUAUGGCGAGGACAGCGUGGUACAUGAGGGCCAGGAUGCUGGCUAUAUCUUUGGGCUCCAGAGCCUGAUAGACAUUGUCACAGAGAUAAGUGAGGAAAGCGGGGAGUGAGCCUGCUGGCUGCACCAGCGCUUGAGAGACUCUCUGUGUCCCAGGCACAGCUGUGCUGCGUCGGGGAGGAGGCCAGUAUGGCCAGGCCGUUGGCCCCUGCAGCCUGGAGCUGAUGUGCAGAGGCCUCUGUGAGUCCCAGCCUGAGCCAGCCCCAGCCGCGUUCGGAGUCUUUUAUUUAUUUUAACUAUUUCUUCAACAUUCCACAUUUGAUGAUGCAGAUACCUCUUUCUUCCCUGAGUGUAAAUGUUCUAAUACAAAUCUUUUUGUUAAUUGUA